AAGUUACCAGAGGAGAAGACAUAUCAUAAUAUUUACAUUUCUUGAAAAUGGAUUCCCACCGUAGUAAAAUUCCCCGGCAGCUUUUUCAUGUUAUUCUCACCACCAGCCACCUGAAGAAAAAUCCAAAUAACCUGGUCGAGAGCGUCCGGGUUCCAGGAACAUACACCUCUCUUCCAGCUGCAAAAGCGGCUGCCCAUAGUUGUCUCUUUGACGCGGGGUACGAGCGGGACUGGUUCGAUGUCUAUGAGACGAACACGGAUGUUUUCGAAUACAGCAGCCUCCACGAGAGAACAGGGCUAGCCGUCCUCGCAGUGGCAAAUGAUGGAACAACGUUUCGAGUUCGUAUCAACACAACGCCCAACACAAGAGGCCUGAGUAGCGAUCUUCCGGAUAACCGGGUGACCACGCCCUUGUACUAUGUUAUUCAGGCUGAUGCUGAGUACGAUGCCGAUGAAGGAAGCGCCAUUCGUGAUGUGAUCAUUGAGAAAAUCUUUGAAUCCUAUGAAGAGGCCGAAGCGUUUGCGCGUACUGCACUACUAUCCGAAGAAGAUGGCAUCACUAAAGAAGACUUUGCUGAAUAUCAUGAGGCAGUGGCAAACGAGAAGGAUUGCGGAUAUGGGGAGAAUGUCCUUGUCCACGCCGUCUCGGACUAUGGUGUCAAUUAUCUGAUUAGUGUCAUUAAGAACCAAGUGUUGGAGGCUACCCACUUGGCCGAGGCAUCUAUGAGGAUAUCUUUCUGACGCGCGGCAGCAGAUCGACAAAAUUGUAACGAGAGAUGAAUGUGGUGUUAUUGCCAAAACUGCAGUUUUGUUCUAAUCGUUUUCGCCAGCCUGCUUCUCGAGUCGGUGGCUGAGAAUGUUUCAACCCUAGCGCUCUGGUUCGCUUUCGUUUCAUGUUAUUUAAUUGAUUGGUCAUUAUAUUUGUGGGUUCUAAGUAAUAAUAUAAUUGUUGUGAUAUGAGGUUUAUGUAGAUCAGGAAUU